CACGCGUCACAAUGGGGCAGAAGCUUCUGCUGACUUUUCUGCACUACCAACGCUACUUGGGGCUCUCGGACCUCGAUUACUCCGAGGCGGGGCGCGGCUAUUGGCUGCAUGCCACCUGGUAUUCCUAUGCCGCACAGUUCCUGGUGGCAGGAACGUUCUUCUCCGCCCUGGUGGCAGCUUUAUCGGAACCCCUGUACUACAUAAACACGGGAUCGAUGACGGGCAAUAUAUUCGAUAAUGCAGUGAUGAUGACUGCCUCCGUGACGCAGCUUCUGGCCAAUCUAUGGUUCCGUUCGCAGCAGCAGACCCAAGUGGCACUGCUCCAGCGACUGUCGAAAGUUAAGGAGCAUCUGCAGGUGGAUACCGUAGCCCUUUCCUCGCCCCGACGGAUGUACCGCCUGUGGGUCGGCACUUGGUUUUUCUAUGGCUACAUGGUGGGUAAUUUUGCGGCCAGUUUUUGGCUAGCAAAGCCAAAGCUCAGCCAUGCCUUGACCCUCCUGGGCUUCGGUCUACGCGUCAUGUCCGCCAAUUUCCAAUAUACUUGCUACAGCGGCAUGGUGUGUCUCCUGCAGAGACUGCUCCGUGCCCAGGCGGAAGAACUGCAGAUUCUGGUGGACACACAUCCCAUUCCUUUGGAGGCAUUGGCCAAAAGUUUGCGUGUCCACGAUGAGAUCCUGAUGCUCGGUCAAAGGGAGUUUGUGCAAGUCUACGGCGGCGUCCUGCUGUUCCUCUUUUUAUAUCAAGUGAUGCAAUGUGUUUUGAUAUUUUAUGUCAGCACUUUGAAGGGGUCCCUUAACCUUAGGACGACAUUAACGAUGUCCGGUUGGCUGGCGCCAAUGCUCCUGUAUCUCAUCCUGCCAUUGAUGGUCAACGAUGUGAGCAAUCAGUUCCUCCAUUAUCAACGCUAUCUGGGCCUCUCAAACUUGGAUUACUCCCAACACCAACAGAGAUAUACGCUUCAUGGCACCUGCGUUUCCUACGGGCUGCAGUUCGUUGUGGCAGUGAUAUUUGUGUCUGCUUUUGUGUCAGCAUUGGCUGAAUCCGUGAACUACAUGCAAACGAAUUCGUUGACGGGAAACAUCUACGAUCACGCGGUGAUACUGACUGUUUCGGUUACCCAACUCCUGGCCAAUCUGUGGUUCCGUGCGCACCAACAAGCCCAAGUGACUCUCCUGCGUCGACUCUCCAAGGUGAUGCGGCUUCUAAAAGUGAACACUCUCGCCUUGGGACAGCCUCGAUGGGUGUACCGCCUGUGGGUUGCGGUGUGCCUUUGGUACGCCAUGAUGAUCGGGUCAUUUGGCUCCAGCAUUUGGCUCUCCGGCAUGAAGCUCUCCCAUAUCCUAACUCUCCUGGCCUUUGCUUUGCGUUUGUUGUGCGCCAAUUUCCAGUUCACUUUGUACAGCAGCAUGGUGUGUGUCCUGCAGAGACUCCUAUCUGUUCAGGGGGAACUUCUGCAGGUGCUCCUGGGGGAUCCAUCUGGCAUCUCUCGAGAAGCCCUGGCUCGGUGUCUGCGGCUCCACGAUGAGAUAUUGAUGCUGUCCCAAGGGGAAUUCGUGCAAGUGUACGGCGGCGUGCUGCUGUUCCUCUUUUUGUACCAAGUCAUGGAAUGUGUUUUGAUAGCCUAUGUGAGCACCUUGGAGGGCUUUCGUUCGAUGCAGGAGCUGGCAAGGAUUGUCUGUUGGAUCUCGCCAAUGCUCGUCUACCUCAUCCUCCCAUUGAUGAUUAACGAUUUGUCCAAUCAGGUGAGUCCCUGGGGGGCUACGCUUCCCUGA